AUGGGUACGGAGGUGUUGCGCCCACAAGAAUAUUGCUUCGGUAAUGUUGCUCCGGUGAUUGUUCUAAAGAAAGGGGACUCAUAUCGUACAACGGUAUGCAACAACAAUGGUUAUCAAAAACCACAACCCCAGAGACUAUUACCGGAGAAGAUGGGUUCAACAUCCGGAAGAGAAGGAAAGCUGAAACUGCAUUGUGAAAAUGUUGAUGAUUCGUAUGCAGGGUCGGCCUUCUUUCAUUCUCCCUCACCCAGGUCUUUACCUCUCCCUUCAUUCUUCAACAAGAAACAAGAAUCCAUGGCUACAGGGGAAUGUCAUGACGGUUUUGAUGAUUCCGCCACCAAACAUCUGUGUAGCCUGCUUCGACUUGGAGAUACUGGGAAUACAAAUAGUAUUAAUGGAGGAGUUAGAUUACAUGAAAUUUUGAGGAUCAUGUAA